AUGCAGCUCCUGAUAUUCCUGCUGCCGGCAUUUCUCGCCAUCGGUCUCUUUCUGCUGAACCUCCGUCGCUAUCUGGACAUGCGCCACAAGUCCAAUGUCGCCUUGAGGACCAAGAUCAUGUCUAGUCGGCUUUCCGCUGUCGGGCCUUCGAGCCCGCCCUUUCCGCCGCUCGGCCGGCACCUGCUCGACGACCCGAGCAUGGCCAUGUCGAGUACGGCCGCCGCCGCGGCGGCCGCCGCCACGGCUGCCAUGCUGAUGGCCGGCAUCGGCCCGAACAUGGGCGGCCCGUCGGCCGCCGGGGCCGGGCCCGCGGCCGGAUAUGGCGACGGCCUGCCAAGCAGUGCCGGCCCCCCUGGCACGCCCGCCGGCGGAGCCGCGGCGGCCACCCUGGCCGCGGCCGGCACCCGGCGCGCCUCCACCGACUACUUUGCCAAAUCCUCGGUCUACUGCGCCAGCCCCAACCGCGAGUACCCGCGGUUCUCCCGGUCGAAGGUGGCCCCGGGAGGAGCCGGCCCGCCGGGGCCGGGCACCGCGGCGGCCGCCGGGGCCGGGCGCUUUGCCGGCCCGGGCUACAGCCCACCGCUGGGCAUCGGGGCGGAUCUCCACGCCAAUGGGGCCCGGGCCGAGGACCCCGGCGACCUGUCCGGCCCGCUGACGUCCGCCACCGAGGCCAGCGACUCGGAUCCCUGUGGGGUGGUCAUCUCGGCCAGUAGCAGCUCGCUCGGGCGCUUCGGCAUGACCCCCGGCACCGGUGUCGAUCGGACGGUGACGUACCGGCGGUCGCCAACCGGCGGCCUGGUCGCGGCCAGUGGCAUGAGCACCGGCGGCCCCGGCAGCAGCAGCGCCAGCAGCAGCGCCGGCAACAGCCGCAGUGCCAGCCCACCCGGGAUGAUGAUGGCCGGGCCCGGGGCCUCCGGGGCCCUGGGCGUGGCGGCCCUGGGUCCUGUCCCGUCGCCGGGGCUCGGGGCCCUGUCGGCGGCGGAGGAUCUCCUUCGGCCCCUGCCGGCCGGCUGGCAGCGUGCGCGCACCCUCGAGGGCCGGGUCUUCUUCGUGGAUCACAAUAGCCGGACCACCACCUGGCUGGACCCGCGUCUGGGGGCCACAUCGGCCACCAUGGGCCCCGGGGCCGGCCCCGGCCCCGGCACGCGUGCCAUGACCGCCACCGCCCCCGCCACUACCACCACCCCGGGAGCAUCUGCGCUGCCGGCCGGCGUCGGUGGCAUGGGGUUGCCCCGUUCCGAGUCGCUUGAUGGCCCGAUUUCGGCCGAGCGGUAUGCCUUCAGCCCGGCCAUCGGCAGCCUGGAUGCCGGGACCCCCGGCGAGGGGCUGCUCCCCCCCCGGGGGCCGGGAGUUCUCGGGGGCGGAGGGUGGCAUGGCCGCGGCGUUUCCCACGGCUCGGGCAUGGGCCUGGUCUCGGAGGCCCAGCACUUGCGCACCUACUCGGCCGGGGUGCCGAUGGUGGCCAUCGGCCAUCUUCCCCACAACCGGCCACCGGCCAGCAUCGGCGGCGGCGGCAGCAGCAGCGGCGGCGGCGCGGCCGUGCCUGCGGCUGGUGAGGGCAACCAAAAUCCCUUCAGCACCGGGGCCACGACCAUCAUCACCACCACCCCGGCAUCGGCAUCUGCCGCCUCCAUCGGCGGGCCCGGAGUGGCCGGCGUCGGCGCCGGCGGCACGGGCGGCACCCACCAUGCCCUUGGCGCGGGGGCCCGGCGAGGCACCCCCGGCCGGGGCCCUGGCCGAGCGCCCAGCAGCGCUUUGCAGCGGCAGCGGGCCGCCGCCGCCGCCGCCACCGCCGCUGCCGCCGCCGGCACACCCAGCGCCGGUAUGGAGCAGCCGGCGGCCGGCCGCACACGGUUGACCCCGGCCCCCUUGCAGCUGGCCGGCUUGGCUCCGAGUACGGCCGACCAGCUGGAGGAUGAUGCCUUCACACGAAGCCCGUCGGAAAAUAUCCGCAUGAUGCUGGCCGCGCGCCAAACCUCCAGCAGCAGCAGCGGCAGCAGCGACAGCAGCGAUGCCUCGAGCACUGUGCUGGCCAUCCCGAGCCGCGCGGGGCCUCCGACAGCCGGCAACAAGCGCCACAAUGGGGCAUACUGUGAUGACCUCCAAGCCUCGGCCAGCAGCCAAGAGGCCGAGCUGGCCGAGUGGCUUAUCAGUACCGCGCCGGCGGCCACUGAUGCCGGAUCCUGGCUGGAGCAGCUGGCUGUCGCGGGCGGGACUGGAAGCUCCAUGGCAGUGCGCUCACGUCCAGUUGUGGCUCCGGCGGCUCCGGCGGCUCCGGCGGUGCCGGUGGCUACGGCAGCCGCAGGCCGGCCGUCGCUGCCAAGCACCCCGAGCAUCAUCCCGGCGCUGGACUUCCCGGCGUCGGCGUCGGCGGCGUCGGCGUCGGCGUCGGCGGCGGCGGCGGCGGCGGCGGCGGCGGUGGUGGUGCUGCCAGAGCGCCCGGCCGCGGCCAUCCCUCGUCACAUGCAGGCGCUGAUGACCGUGCCGCCUGGCAUCGGCGUAAUGGCGCCACCCGGCACAAGUGCCGCUACAUUCCUUGCCCCUUUGCCACCACCACCACCACCACCAUCCCUUGUGGUUGGCGAUGAGUUCGGACUUGGUCUCAGCCGCGAACCCACCGCCGAAUGCCUGCUGUCCUUGGGUGGUGUUGGCGGCGCCACUCAGGCCCUGGCCGCGGUGGUCCCGGCAGCCGAAGAGCGAGCCGACAGCCGGCACUCGGCCCCGAUGGGCUCGGUCCCGAUGCCCGCCCCGCUCAAGCAGCCACCGUCCCAAGGUCCGGUCAUGGUCCGUAUGACGCCGGGCGACGACUCGGUCGGGCUCGCAGCCGCCACCUCUCACCAGCCCUUGCAGCACCAUGCCCAGACGCCCCUCUUCUAG